AUGACGCCCACCCGUGGGGAAUAUACCUUGUCCGAGUAUAUCCUUCAAUGGCUUCUCGGUCCUGGUUGGCAUUGGAUACUCUUCUUCGUAUAUGCAGCCUGGUGGGCCCAAUUACAAGAUGCUCGACUCUCCGAACACAGGCAAGGAGAGAAAAGACCUACGAUUGACUGGCUCAGAAGGAGAGGGUCUCUUCGCUCAGUCAAAGAUGCUCAGAAUUUGCUCAUUUUUCAUGUCAUCCUUCUUGUCCUAGAACCGGUCGAAGGACAUUGGAUUCUAACAUCCUGGUAUCGCACAUUCUCGGCUAUCUACUGGAUGCAAGUUCCUGAAAACUAUACAUGGGGUGACACUCUUGUCAAAUAUUGGUGCAAUUUUCUCUUCCCCGUCGGCCUAUUAUUCUGGUCCCUGGUGGGCAUUGAUCUGAUGCUACUUACCUGGGCGCAUGUACAAGAGUUAAGGGUUUUGACACCACUGGUUGAAACUCGAGAUUUAGGGGAAGAAAAAGCCAGGAACGAAGAGUAA